GGACGUCAUCGUCUUUCUGCAUAUCAGCUGACUUUGGGCUACAAGAAUGGAACCUGAAGUACAAGUGCACGACGGUUUCAGUGCAAGUUCCACCCAUGGGUCGACUCGGAAGAGGCAGGUACGGUUUACUGCACGACAUGAUAUUAUGCUGCUCAGGGAGGUGCUUACACAGAACCCAUUCAUCUUGAAGGAACCUGGUCGGGUGUGGGCAAAGAUUGCUGAGCAUUUGACACUGGCCUUGCAGGAUGAGAAUUUUGAAGUGGAUGGUAGGAGAUGCAGGGAAAGAACAGCACUCCUUCUGGAUUAUUACAAAAGGCAAAAUUUUGCAGCCUUAAGGGGGCGUGGAACUGAAUCCCUCUAUGCCGAGAAGGAAGAACUACUCCAUGAGGUUCUGGAGCUGGAAGCUGAGAAAUCCCUGAUGAUAACUGCUGAAAUGAAGUACAAGGAACAGCAUGAAGAAGGAAUUGAUGACAUGAGAAAGAAAGUGAUAGAAGAAUUAAGUAGACAACCUCCACCUAGUUUGCCUGAUGCAUUUUUAAGGAGGACAAGAGAAGGGCGGAUACAGUCAACCCUAGGAGAGCAGUGGGACACUGAUGACAAAGUUCAUGAAGUUGUGGAACAUCAGAACCCAGACACUGAGGUACCGGCUGCGAAGAGAGCUUGUCAGUGCUGCUGCCAGACAUACGCAGAGAUUUUAAUCUUCCUAGAGCGGCGAGCAGAGUCGGAACAAAGGUUAAGGGAGGAGGAGCUUGCCUUACGGAGGGAGGAGCUUGAAAUUCAGAAAAAGAAGAUUGCUUUAGAAAGAGAACACUUAGAAAUAGAGAAGAGAGAACGGGAAAAACGUUUUGAACUGGAGAGUCAGGAAAGACAGGUUAUUCUGGACAUAUUAAAAGAUCAAGUAUUGAAGAAAUAGCAGGGACUGAACAUCAGUUUAAUCAAAGAUUUUAAAAUGAAGAAAAAACAAAAAACAAAAAAAUAUUAUUUUCGCUUAUUUUAACUCUACUUCUAUUCCCAAAUUAGAAUACUGGAAAGUAAUUUUUAAACAUAGAGAUGGACUGAUGAAUACAAGUAAAAUGAAAAUCUUCCUUUUUGCUUAAGAUAGUUUUGGAAAGAUUUUUCCAUGUUGCAUUUUUUUUAAGAUAAUUUGGUAUACUAGCAUGAUAGUAUUAAGCCUUAGUUUCAUAUGGUAUUGAAGUGACAUGUUACACUUUUGCCCCCAAACAAGACAUGGAUAACUAAUACUAUAGUCACUAGCUACAGAAAAGAACAAAAGCAGAAUCUCAUAGGAAGUACACUGUAUCUCAAGUCAUUUGUCCUGAGUACACUGUAAAGACAAGAAUACAUGCAGCUGCCGAUUGUAAAGUAUGCUAGACAAUGUGCAUUUGCACUUUGUGAAUGCAACACAAGCGUAUGUACCAGCUCCUUCUUGAUUUAUACAUAUCCUUGAUCAAGCCUAUAUGCAAACUGUAUUUUCUUUAAUAUUGCUUGUAAGUGAGGUUAGUGUCCCCUUACACUCAACAGAUUCUUAGGUGGGUUAAAGGAAGAGCCAGUCCCAUUACCAACUGUAUUACAGGAAAUAACGUUUUGGAGAGAGUUUAGAUUCCUCUUGUUAAAUUCUAAUUAAAUAAAUAGUACUACUGUUAAUAUUAAAAUACUACUGUUACCAAAUUAUGUUACACAUGACCAUAUACUAAAUGUCUGACUUUUACUCAGAAGUUCCUCAACAGGUUGAUACUCUGUGUGCUUUAGUUACAUUUAGAUUGUAGCCGUAUAUGCUGUUCUUAACAAUCACUAGGCAGUUUAUGAGAGACAUAGCUGAAAAUGUUUUUAUAUUCUUUUUCCUUUUAUGCCUGUCAACCUUUAGCCAGUUCCUGUAGGUGUUAUGCCCAUUCACCCUCUCCCCAUUACAUUCGCUUCUCAGCAUCCAUUGGUAGUGGUGGGAGUCACACAGCCAGACAGCCAUAAAGGGUGUUUGCUCCCAUUCUUACUGUGGUUUUACCCUCUGUCAUGCAACCAGAGUGCUUUUGUGGCCUAAAGGUCUCACUUCAUUUCACAGACUGGGACUAAUAUUGUUCAGGAGUCAGGCCCAAAUUGUCUCAGGCUCAGAAGCAUGGUGAUCCAAGGUUCAAAUUAAUCCUUGGCAAAUAUAGGGGAAUUUCCUGUGUUACCUCCUAGACACACAUUAGUUGA